AUGGAAAUUGAUAAUAUUGAAACUAAUUUAUCAGAUAAUGUUGAAAAAAUUCUUCCAGUGUCAGAUGAUCAAUAUUCUGAUAAUAUUUGGAAAUUUUAUAAAGAUCUCGAAAUAAAUAAAGCUCCAGAAGAAUCUGAAAAUAAUAAUAAAUUUCCUUAUAAAAUUUUGGAAUGGGAGAAAUAUUACAAAAAGUUAAUGCUGAAUUUCUUCAAUAAUUGCCCUGGAACUGAAAAAUAUUUCAGGCAAUUAAAAGAAUUACUUACUGAUUCUAUUUUGCCAUUCAAGAAUUUAGAAACUGUUGACGCAAAAAAUGUACUACUAAGAAUAUCAUGUAGCUUAUUAUUAAAGAAGGAAAAGAAUUGA